AUGGCAUCGUUCGAACCAAUAAUAGUGAUAUUCGGAUCGAGUAAAAGCAUCGCAUCUACCAAUUUACGAUUACCUGUGUCGCUUUUAUUUGCAUUCGAUGUCAAAUCACUUGAAGAAAUUGUUAACGCUUCUUCAAAACUGACUGACACGUGUUUAUCUCGAUUUUUUAUAAUUCUACUCGAUUGUAUCGAUGAAGAUCUUUUGAUACGAUUACAUGCAAAUCAUCGUGUGCAAUCUAUAUAUAAACAUUGCAUUACGAGUUCUGCUAGUCAACAACAAAUCAAUCGGAUGACAAAUUCAUUUCGGCAGUUAACAUUAGAUUUGUCUAAUGACAUUGUCUAUUUUUUAACGGCCGAAGGUGAAAAGCAAAUAACGUUGGAGCAAAUAUCGUUGGUGAAGAUUUAUUAUCAGCAAGCACGAAUACUUAAACAAUGGAUUAUGUCAUUCUUUAAGGCUGAGCCUUGUCAUAUUCUUCUCAUUUCACUUAAUAGCAGCCAAGAAAAUCUCGACAGUGCUCAACAAAGAUUACAACAAGUUUGCAUACAACUUGGCUUUAGUUCAGCAGUUAUACGUCAAUUGAACGAUUAUAUUCCAAAUAGUGAAAGAAAUUCAGUCCUAUUACCGUAUGCUGAAUUACUUUUCAAAAAUGAAGAUCCCCAUUACAUUUGUCGACUGAUCAAGCAACUGUCACCCAUUCGACUCUAUUUAUAUGGUAAUAAACUGUGCGAUUUAAGCGAAUGGAGUAAAUUAAUGAUUGCGACAGAAAACGAAAUCAUGGAGGAUGAAGAUGACUGGUGUGCAUUUCUGGAGAAUGACUAUGUUGAAGAUGAAGUAAAAUGGAACUUUGGCUUUAUAUUCGGUAAAGGAUGGAAAUUGUCAAGAGUGUCACCACUCGAUCUCAAUGAGCUGCACGAAAAUCUUCGAUUUCACUCGGCAAUUCGUCGAGCUUUUUCAACGUUUGCUCAGCGGCAAGUCGAAGUUACAGCAGACAUAUUCGAUUGGCACCAGAACUGCAUUAAGCAACGAUAUCUUCAAGAAGAACCUGAAUUAAUCCAUGGACAGAAACGAACAAAAUACGAUUCGAACUGGGAGAAGUUCAAUCUUGAGUUUUCGAGAAGGCACCUCUUUAGAAAUUUAUCCUAUUUUGAUUACAAUGGUUUGGACUCUCCAAAGAACAAAUCGAUUUCCUUUAUUUGGCUCGACGAAAUAUUGCACGAUGCCGAAUUUCAAUUCCAACAGAUUGUCGAGCCAUUUCAAUGGCAAUUUUUCGACAAUGUAUCUUCUUGUGUGUUAUUUUUAGAAAAACAAUUGCGCGAGCAACGAUACGUUUUUCUGGUAACUUCGGGAGUACUUGGCAAAGAAUUAUUUAUAUCAGGGUUAUGUGUGAUGGACCAACUCUUUGCUACAUAUGUUUAUUGCGCACAGCUUAGCCCAAAUUUGAAUUGGAGUCGUGAUUAUUCGAAGAUUCGAGGGAUUUAUAAUGACUCGAAUAAACUUGCUUAUCAGCUCAAACGAGAUUAUAAACAAUUGCAAGCUGCGUUGGGUAUCUGUGAAACUGAAUGCUACACUGUAUCGAAAAUCACAAACGAAAAACAAAUUAUACAGAACGUAGAAGAAGUUAAUUUACCAUUGCCGUUGCCAUUGCCAUUAAUUAUUUAUGAUCAAGAACACACUCAUUUGUUCAUGGCUCAUCAGCGAACUAUUGAUACUCUACUCUGUAUGCCGCAUACACUCGAAUCAAAAGCCGAUAUGCUAGCUGAAUUUCGUCAUGCAUAUAGUGAUAAUCAGGAGGCUCUUGCUCAAAUUGAUAACUUCGAAAAUAUCUACAAUUCAAAUGCAGCCGUGCAAUGGUACACACGUGAUUCUUUUGUUUGGCGAACAAUUAAUCAAGCACUACGGUCAAGUAAUGUUGAAAGCAUGUUCAAACUUCGAUACAUCCUCACUGACUUAUAUGCUCAUUUGCAAGAAUCAUACGAUCAGAAGCAUCUAUCUUUUCAAAUGUUAACACCAGAGAUAUUCUAUCGUGGUCAAAUGAUGUCAAGGGAAGAAUUCAAUACUUUUAAAACGCUUCAGGGUAAUAUUAUUGCAAUAAACACAUUUUUAUCAACGACAGCUUCAAUGCAAAUUGCUCUGAUGUAUGCUGGCCAAUAUUGUGAAAAUCCCGACUUGGUAUCAGUGGUAUUUCAUAUUGAAACAAAUAUGGGAGCGCUUGUCCGGCCAUAUGCCAAUAUUUCUCAUUAUUCACUGUUCCGAGAUGAACAAGAAACUUUAUUUGCCAUGGGUAGCGUCUUUCGCAUAGGCAAUAUUCGUCAACUUCCAAACGCAGAUUAUGUUUGGACUAUACAUUUAAAAACUAUUGAUCAAACUGAUUCCCAAUUCAGUAAAAUUCACUAG